AUGCCAAACCAAGAAAAGCGAAAGAGAGUUCCAAGCAAUGAAAAUGUACUGUCUACAUCUACACAGCAAGCAAAACGUUCGAAAAUUCUGGAUUUUCGUGAAGAGGGUCAUCCAAGCCUUGGCACUUCAUGCGUGCAAUUUGCUACUGCUACAAGACCUAUGGAGCUCAACUUCCCGCAAGCCCCGAAAAACAGCGAGAGUGAAUUGGCGGCAAGGGUGAGCGAGGCGUUUGGUGCGGCUGCAGGUAGACCUUUUGCUAAGGAGAAUCUUGAGCGAGCAAAAAGGUGGCUUCACUUUCGAGGCCUAGUCAUAUCCGAGACCACUACCGGAAGCGAGGCGACUCUGGCACAACAGAUUGUGCAGCAUCUCAGACACGAGAUUCCUCACGGAUUUCGCCUCUACACAUUGGACGGGAAUCCUAUCAUUCCAAAAGGCUUGCUCUUGCUCGUAGCCAUCGCCCAUUACUAUGCCAUCAGGAUCGUCAUUUUCUCUACUCGUUGCAAACCAAUUGAAAUUACUCCAAAUGAGUUCAGCUACACAGUUGCACUCCUGCGCCAUCAAGAUUCCAUCCUGUCAGUGGGGGGAUGGUACCCGCUUGAACUGGCCAAAAAUUGGGUCGAGAGAACACCUUCAGUACAUAUGACCCCUACCCCACUGAUGGCCUCUCCAGCUGCAGUCAAAAGGCCCCAAGGAGCAGCGCCUAAACGGAAGUUGCCUGCAAAUUAUGCAUCAAUUAGUGAUGAUACACUGAAAGAUUUGCUUCGCAUAGUAAUGAAAGAGCGCCUCCAAAACGACUACGAAAAGGAAAUGAAGCAGAAUCCCACACUGAAGAAACUGGACGAUUUCAAAAAAACGAAUAUUAAUCAGACUUCGCCACCGCGAGGCUAUGUCCAAAGUGUACUCAAGAGACUCGGUGAAACAAUAGAUACAAGCAACAUGAAUGGACUUGGUUUGUCCAAGUGUCUCGGGAGAAUGAAAGACCCCAGUACAAUGCAAAUAUGGAAAGAAGUAAUGGAGGAAUAUCUGGCAGCCAUUUCAAAGAAUCCCAAUAUUUGCACUCCUUCGCAGA